CACAACACAUCAAUCGCCAUGGUGACGACCUUCAAGGCACACCGGAGCAAUCCGGAGCUGGUGACGCCGGCAUCACCAACGCCUCAGGGGAGCAAGACCCUCUCCGAUGUCGACAGCCAGAUCCCCCUGUGGUUCUACGCCACGGUGAUCGAGUUCUUCCGCCCCCGCGACGCCAUUGACGACCACGAGACCCCGGUGGUCGACGUCGCCGAGGCCAUCAGGGUGGCCCUGGCCAAGGCCCUGGUGUACUACUACCCUUUUGCCGGCCGUCUCAGGGAGGUCUCCAAAGGGAAGCUGGCGGUGGAGUGCACCGGAGAAGGAGUGGUGUUCGUGGAGGCGCAUGCCGCCGAUGUGCGGCUAGAUGAGCUUGGUGAUCCGCUGGUGCCGCCAUACCCUUGCAUCGAGGAGCUCGUAUGCGACAUCGGCAAUGCCAAAGACGUCGUUGGCAGGCCUCUGAUGUUCAUGCAAGUGACGAGGUUCAAAUGCGGUGGAUUUGCCAUCGGCGUCAGCAUCUGCCACAACAUGGCUGACGGCUUCGGCGUGAUCCAGUUCCUCAAGUGCGUGACCGAUCUCGCACGAGGCCAGGAGCACCCGGCCGUUGUGCCGGUGUGGGACAGAGAGCUUCUGAUGGCGCGCAACCCACCCGACUUGACAAGCCUGCCCUUCGUCUCGGACGAGCCAUCGCCGCCGGUGCCGGUCCAGCUCCAGCCUAUGGCCAUGGACAAGAUGGUCGGUGACUACUUCCUCUUCGGGCCGAGAGAGAUCGCCGCCCUGCGAAGCCAAGUGACGGAGCCAGCCACGGACUUCGAGCUCAUCACGGCCGCCAUGUGGAUGUGCCGAGCAGAAGCUCUAGCUCUUGCGCUUGGGUGCGGGAGCGCCGACGACGGCAGCGGCAGCCAGCAGCAGCGAGCGUCGUCGUCGUCGUCCCUGCUGAUCACCAUGAACGUUCGAGGGAAAGCGAAGCUGACCCCACCCCUCCCGCGCGGGUUCUACGGCAACGCGUUCGUCUUCGUGGAGGCGGAGCUGCGCGGGACGGCGGCGGCGGGCUCGCUCGGCGGCACGGUCGAGCUCGUGCAGAAGGCCAAGCGGGGCAUGACGGAGGAGUACGUGAGGUCGAUGGUGGAUCUGUUCUCGGUCGGCGGGGCGGCGCCUUACGCGCAGGGAUGGACGUUCGUGGUGUCCGACAUAACGCGGAUCGGGGAGGACGACCUGGACAUGGGGUGGGCGGAGCGGGUGGCCGGCGGCGUGCCCAUCGUUGGAGACGACCACGCCACCAAGCUGGUGAGCUACCAGAUGAGGUGCAAGAAUGCAGACGGUGACGACUGCGUGGUGGCCUCCAUGUACUUACCUGAGCCGGCCAUGGACAAGUUCAAGGAGAAGAUCCUCCUCAUCUUAGCAAGUUGAAUUCAAGCAGCUAGCGACUUUGUUGGAAGAAAAGAAUAAUGUACUAGCUAGUACUCCUUAGUCCUUGUCAUGUAUGGUUUCGCUUUCGCCGUUUCGGUAAUAAAUAAGUUAUAUGCACCUGCUGGU